CCUUCCACAAAACACGAGCACACUCAGAGUGGACCCACUCAAACUUUGGGACAGGGAGCUCAAACGUCCUUGUCGUUUUUUAUCGUGGAAACGACCAACACCACUUUGUCGCAGGUCGUCGGGGGGGCAAUGGUGAAGAAGGACAUCAUUUGCGCUAUUCUCGCCUCUACGAAUGUUCCAGCUGCAAACUUGUGAGCUGAAUCUUCUUUGCGCCAUGAAGAAGUAGCCAGAAGGGCUUCAGCUGCCCUUGCACAUCUGAUGUCUUCAAGAAUGUUGGGGCCAACACAUCACAGUAACCCCUGUCACUUUUGACCCAGAAUGGAGCUCAAGGUCUGGGUGGAUGGAGUUCAAAGGGUCGUGUGUGGGGUUACUGAGGUGACCACCUGCCAGGAUGUGGUGAUUGCGCUGGCUCAGGCUAUAGGUCGGACUGGAAGAUACACUCUGGUAGAAAAAUGGCGAGACACAGAGCGUCAUCUAGCCCCUCACGAGAGCCCAGUUGCCUCUCUUAAUACGUGGGGUCAAUAUGCAGGUGAUGUACAGCUAAUUUUGCUUCGCACAGGCCCUUCCCUCACUGAACGGCCCCCAUCAGAAGGGCCCCCUCCGAGGGGGCCUGAACGUGGCUUUCACAGACAGAGCCUCCCCCCACUUGCAAAACUUCACCAUCCCCAUGAUCACUCCCUCUGUCGCCGUGAACCUCGGCGCAAGUCUCUCACCUUUACAGGUGCACCCCGAGGUCUAAGGGAAAUACUGAGCGGCGGGCGGACAAGUGACGCUGAAGCCAAGAGGAGACUUCAUCUAGGAAACGGUGGGACUCCCCAUCAUGCAGGAGGAGCCACUGGGAGUGCCUCCCAUGGCUUGUGGGCCUGUCGCAUGGAGGACCUGGUUCGACUGGUGAGCAUUCAGAGGGAAACGCUCAGUGUGCUGGAGAAGAAGCUGGCGGUUUAUGAAGCUGAGCUCAAAGCCUGGGCCGAGGUGCGAGUGGGACGAGGUCCAGGUUGCAGCGGGGACUCGGUUGGGGGUCUGAUAGAGGAGAUUUUGAGACUGGAGAAGCAUCUGAGGAAGACUGAGGUGGAGAUGGAGGAAGAGGAGUUUUGGACCACUGAGUUGCAGAUUGAGCUGGAGAGUGAGCGGCAGCUGGAGGAGAGGCUGGAGGAGCUGCGUGGUCGUCUGCAGGGCUGCGAAAAGGAGAUUGAGGAAAAACUGGCAAUGGUGCAGAGCGUAGAAACUGGUCUGGAGGAUAUGCGGCUGCAGAGAGAGCGUCAGGAGACCGAGUGGCUCAAUGAAGCGGAGGCUCGGGCUCAGGUGCUCCGGGUCAAAGCGGAGCUGAAAGCACAAGAGAGACAAGCUGUUCAAAUGGAGAGCAGCUGUAGAGCUGUGGACAGGUCACUGGGACAAAGCAGCAAGAAGCUACAUGACAUGCAGCAUGAGCUGGAACAGCUAACCAAGGAGCUCAGGCAGGUUAACUUGCAGCAGUUUAUCAAGCAAACUGGCACCAAGGUCACAGUGCUGCCGGCUGAACCUGGAGAGGACGAAAGUACAAGCGGCACUCAUGUUAUCGAUUUGGUUCCACUAACCGGCUCCCUGAAGCGUCCCGUGUCCCUGCAGCCAUUGUCCAGUCAUCUGCGGGUCUUAAAAAGUCCGCUCAGCUCCGGCCUGAACCCAGAGGGUAUUUAUGUUUGAGGCGCCACUGCACACCUGUGCUGCCUGAGACUAUAGCACAAUGGCUUGUUUCUCUUCAGAGCCUUUUGAAUGGGAUACCUUUGUACAGGUUACCUCAAUAACACAAAUCAUAGUCUGUUGUCUCAUAAGGCUAAGGAACAAUGGUGAACUUUGAUGUGAAGAAUUAGUUGGCACGCAAAGAAGGUCAGGUGUUAGGCAUGCUUUUAGAACUAUAGUCUCUAAACAUGGAUCAGACUGCCAUGGACGCAACCAUUUUAAUGUCAUUUUAAUCAAUCUGGUAGCUUCUGAAUGUUUUAUACUGCUUUCUCGCUGGUACUAUAAUUCCGAACAAUGGCCUUUUUAGAAUGAAUGUCAAUCAAUGAAUUCUAUCCAUUGAGUAGUUAGGAUCAGUGAACACAUUUACUCCACCUGAUGCCCGAAUGACUUAAAUUAUAACGGAUAUACAAAAACUAUUGACUAUAAUUCAAUUAACUGUAACUCUGACUUGUUAAAACUAUGCAUAAAUAGGUUCAUUUCUAUAGAUUUAUGUCUUCCUUUAAAAUACUUUCCUUUUUUUUUUUUUUUUUUUCUUCAGCCAGUCAAAUGGUGCAUUCCCUGUAUCAUAAAUGCAGUGCCCUCAUUCCUGCAGUAAUACGUCCAUUCAACUCUGCAACGAUAUCUUCUUUUUGUUUUUCAUUGUUUGUUUUCCGAUUCGUCGCCAAAGAUGGAACAGCUCUGAGCGCAUGAUUGUGAUGUUCUUAGCCAUAUAUGUGCAGAGCACCAACAGUACAGUGAAUCUCUUGUAGCAUGCUACAGCUCUUUAAUGUACAGUUUGUGUGUUAGUGUGACAUUGUAUCUCAGCUGCUAACCACAGCAAAGUGCCUUAAUGUAUUUAGUGGGCAGUGAAUAAAGAUGGAUGUAGAAAAGAUACAGUAGUGCCACACCGCUGCACUAAUAGCAUGGCACCUGAAUAAAAUUGUUCUUUGCAAUAGUUUAUAGGAAAUGUUUAGGGAUGGAUGUGACAGCAAGAGUUUUUCCCCACAUUGUUACUGUAUUAUCCUCUUAUAUUUAUUUGCUGUAAAAUAUUCAGUAUUAUUCAAAACAUUCUUUCUUCUUCAUUUAGACAGGUAAUUCUGUUGUUUGCAGACUUCGCAUCUGUCAACUUGUACAAAUCCAUUGAGACAUCGCAGCCAAUGUAUAGCUCACCUUAAAAUUCAAAUGACAUUUUGUUUUUGUUUUUUACUUCGACUUGUUUGUUUUUAUAUGAAAGAAUCAACUUAUAAAUUAGGGUGGCUUUCCACUUUACGGAACUUGUGUGCAUUUUGUGUGAUGAUAUAGCUGUGAUCACUGUUUACAAUGGUCUUGAGAUUUGCAAGAUGUCAACUGUACCUCCAUUUUUGUUUUUUAUUAGUCCACCUUGACAGAUACAGUAUAUGGUUGUAACUGUUGUGUUAAGAAUGGUCUGAUUCAAUAAAACCGUCUGACAGAA